CAUCCUCCUACUCCCACCCUGCUCUUACCACCAUACCGCCGCAGCCAUGGCCUCGGACGACCUCAAAUCCAUAGCGAUCAGCUCAAAAACGCCAGACCUAUAUGACCUGCUCUCGCUCUCCCCCUCUAGCGUAGAAAGUGAGAUCCGGCGCGCCUACCGCAAAACAGCCCUCAAAUACCACCCGGACAAAGUUGGCGCCUCCGAUACGGCCGCGCUUGAUAAAUUCCACCUCUUGCAGAUAGCGUACGAUAUACUCUCCGAUCCACCGCUGCGAGAACUUUACAACAAUGCGCGAAGGGCGCGAGAGGAGAAGCAAUUGCGUGAAGCGGCGUACGAUGACCGCCGACGACAGCUAAAGGAAGAUCUUGAGCGACGCGAGCGCGCGGGCCUGAAGCGGAAACGAGACGCUACUGGUACGGAUGUCGUUGGGAUAGCGAGUGAGGAAGACGAGUUUGAGCGAGAAUGCAAACGUAUAGCAGCCGACGGCGCCCGUCGGCGGAAAGAGAUGGAGGCACGCCUACGUCGCGAAGCCGCCGAACUCGAGGAAGAAGAACGACGAGAAGUCGCCCAAACGUCCCGAGCAGAACAAGCUCCCAACAGUGGCACCCAACAACCAGCAGCACCUCUCAGCAAGGACGACGACCAGGACCGCAGCAUCACCUUCCGCUACCCCUCCAUCUCAUCCACUUCCCAGUUAGACAGAGAGGCCGUGAUAUCACUGUGGUCUUGCUUCGGGCCCAUCCAAGAUUGCAUAACCCGUGCCAAGGACCUAAGACCGCCUAACUCGACAUCGAAGCAAAAACGACCGUAUAUUACGGUCCUCCUUGUUUACGCUUCCCGCGACGGUGCACAGGCCGCGGCUAGCCAUUUCGCGCAAAAACUCGCCGAGAAUGCAGAAGUGUGGGGUGUGUUUGAGAAUGUGGUGUGGACAGGCCGGGCGAGAAACGAAGCCGAGCCCGCAAGGAAUGAGCCCAAGAAGACUGGAGAGAGCGCGCCGCCAUUCCAGAGCCAACUUCCAAAGCUCGGCACGUUCAAGGGUACGUUGGGGAGCUCAGGCGCGGCUAGUCUGGACAAGAACACGAUAACGCGCAUGAAGAAUGCGCAGAGGCGGCGAGAUGAGGAGAGGGCGAAGAGGGAGGCGGCUGCUGCGACUGCUGUCUAGUGGUGAGGCUGCAGUUUUAAAUACGUCGUAUGCGCCUACUACCACAUUACAGUCGUCUUGGGCUCUUUCUUCUACGUGAUAAUGAUGUAUCUGCAACAAUUUAGGGUUCGGAACACUGCAUACGCCCAUAUUUCCAAACAACUAUCUGACCCACAAGCUCUUGUUGCCGUUAUCAGAUUGUUUGAACGGCGGCGAGGUUG